UGCCGUGCGAGACGAAUGUGUAGUGGUUUUCCUCUCGCGGAUGAAAUGUUUACGCGAUCAUCGAAGUUACUUGUGACAUGAAAAACUUUGACAACUGUCCAACAUAUACUUUGUGUUUAUUUUGGUGAAUUGGCUGUUUUUAUUCGACAUGGAUAAUAAAACACCGACAAAUUCUUCUCCGCCGCGGGCUCAAGUUAAGAAAGAAAACGAAGAAGAGAUCAAGGAGUUUGCGGAGACGGCAAUGAACGAACUGCUGGGUUGGUACGGCUAUGAACGAUUGGAGCUGAGACGCUGGGCAGCCUCGCGCGCACGCGACACUAACAGCCCCGAACAGGCCUCGGAACAGAAGAAUAAAGAUGAGUGUUCAUGGUGCAACAAGAGCAUUGGCAGCGAGAGCGGCGCGCUGCAGCAGGCGGGCGCCGCGUUCUGCUCCGAGCUGUGCUUCAGCCAGUCCAGGCGAGCCAACUUCAAGCGCGCCAAGACCUGCGACUGGUGCCGGCAUGUGAGACACACCGUGGCUUACGUUGACUUCCAGGAUGGUGCAACACAACUUCAGUUUUGCUCAGACAAAUGUCUUAAUCAAUACAAGAUGCAUAUCUUCUGUCGCGAGACGCAGGCGCACCUCGAUCUCAACCCUCACCUGGUGAGCGCCGCAUCCUCCACCAAUCUCAUCACGCCGGAACUCUGGCUCAAGAAUUGUAGGAGCAGAUCAGUGUCUCCCACGUCCGAGAGAUCCGCCUCACCGAACAUUGAAAACUUAACUGUUAAAUCCACAAUGGAAAAAACUGAUCACAACCCUGCGAGGAAAUCUCCUCUGCCGAUAAUAACGGUCGCUCCGGCUGCGAAACUCAUGAUUCCAAAGACUACUGAAGAGAAAAUUCAAAAAUCUCCAGAUUUGAAAAAAGACAGAACUAAAAUGAACACACGCAAGCGCAGGUCUUCUAAAUGCUCGGCGACGGUGACGUCACAGAACUUGCGUCAGCACACUACGACACCGAAAGCUCAGGACUUGCGGCUGUGCAGCCCCUCACUAGACGGGUCAUCGCCUAGUUCAACUGUCGGCACAGCCGGCAUCAGCAUCAUUCAUUCCCCUCCGCAUCCCAUAAAUCAUUCAGCACCACAACCUCCAUUCAAUCCUAUAUUCGGAAUGCCACCUCCGGUUUUCGAUCCACCACCACAAAUGAACGAUCACAGAUACAUGUUCCAACCUAGGCUAGGUUUUAUGCCGCGACCUGGCUUGAUACCUGAACGACCUCCUUUAAUGCCUCCUCUUAACUUCGCCCAACCUCUCGGCCAACCUCCGCCGGUUACAGUAUUAGUUCCUUACCCAGUAAUACUACCGAUUCCACUGCCCAUUCCGAUUCCAAUACCAUUAACUUCCUUCAUACAAGCACAUUUGAGUAAAGUGAAAAAGGAAACGACCACCGAAGACACAGAAGGUCCUAUUGACUUCACAAUAAAUAGUGACAAAAAGAAAGCCGCGAAUACAACAGACGCUGAAAAUAUUGAAAUUCAAGCAGCUAUACAACAAACAUUAGAACCAAUCGUUGAAGAAAAUGAGAGAACGGACGAUAAAAAUGAAAAUAAUGAAUCCAAAAAUCCAGAACAAACAUUGCCUAAAUUUAAAAUAACUAGACUAGGUAACAAAAUGGCGAAAAUUGUCUCUAAAACAAGAGAACAGUCAGAAUCUACGAGACCUCUGCGGAAGCGACGAAGACUCGUUGAAGUUACAACAGAAGACGACCCAAUCAUUCCUAAAACUAGGAAAACAGUUGAAGUCUAGGCAUAAACGUAUAAAAUAGUUUAAUAACUCUAAACUUUUUAAUACAUAUCACAAUUAAAUACGAUAGUUAAAUACGAACUGAGUUCAGUUUACGUUCAAACAGCUAGUCUUAGAUUUAAGAUGUGAUUUAAUAAUUCAUGAUAUAAUACUUAGUUAAGUUAGGCAGCACUAUUAAUGUGAUAUUAGUAACAUAAUUUUAA